AUGAAAGAACAUCUACUCAGGGCCUUGGGUGGUAAGUCUGAAAAAAACACUUCUUUCUCACAAGGAGCCGAGUGGAAAGGAAAGGGAGGCGGCAAAAGAACAGAAUGCUUCUGCCGAACAGGAGAAGGUUGUGAGAGGUUAGAGGACGCGGAGGAUGUGGUCGGGCCAAGAUGGAAGACACAAGCGGUGGUGGUAAAUACCCGUCCUGAUCUUGCUUAUUUAGUUGGGGUGGUUAGCCGAUAUAUGGAAACUCCAACAACAUCACAUAUGAAUGCUGUUAAGCAAAUCCUUCGAUAUGUGAAAGGAACACUUGAUCUCGGAAUCGUGUAUAAGAAGAAUCAGGAGUGUGAGGCGCUGAUUGGGUAUAGUGAUAGCGAUCUUGCAGGUGAUAUGGAUGACAGGAAGAGCACAACUGGAAUUAUGUUUUUCCUUGGUGAAAGUCCAAUUACUUGGUUGGAACACACAAAUGUAGGAUGUUGCUGGGCAUUUUCUGCUGUGGCUGCCAUGGAAGGAAUUACAAAGCUCUCAACAGGAAAAUUGAUUUCUCUUUCUGAGCAAGAACUUGUUGAUUGUGACACAAGUGGAGAAGAUCAAGGCUGCGAAGGGGGUCUUAUGGAUGAUGCAUUUGAAUUCAUAAAAAAAAAUGGAGGACUAACAACUGAAGCCAAUUACCCUUACCAAGGAACUGAUGAUUCUUGCAAUAAAAGAAAGGCAGUUGAUCACGCAGCAAAGCUUACUGGCUAUGAAGAUGUGCCUGCUAAUAGUGAAGAUGCCUUAUUGAAGGCAGUAGCCAACCAACCAGUCUCUGUAGCCAUUGAUGCAAGUGGCUCUGCUUUCCAGUUCUACUCAGGUGGAGUAUUUACAGGAGAUUGCGGAACUGAACUCGACCAUGGAGUUACUGCAGUUGGGUAUGGCACAAGCAGUGAUGGAACCAAGUAUUGGUUAGUGAAGAACUCAUGGGGAACUUCUUGGGGUGAAAAUGGAUACAUUAGAAUGGAAAGAGAUAUUGAUGCUAGCGAAGGUCUUUGUGGAAUUGCGAUGGAACCUUCUUACCCAACUGCAUAAUUAAAAUUAAGUGGCAGAAAAGAAAAUAUGGGUCAAUCUUAAAAUAUAAAUACAUUUUCCAAAAAUUUAAGCAUUUAGUAUGCUACUAUUUUAUUCUGUAAAACUCAGUACUGCAUGCAGUUUUUAUGUGUAAAGGUUUAUUUUGGUAAUGAAAUGGUAUAAAUAUAUCAUAUAUGGCUCUUUCUCACU